UGUCGAAGAAGUUGGCGAACUUGAGCAAUCAUGCUUACGAUAACAAUUCUAUUCGUACUGAUUGUUGAAAUUGUAUGCGUCAUUUCACAGAAAUGUUCUACCAGAAUUUACGAUAAAGUCCAUCUUUACCUCCAGAUAAAAUCUUAUCAAGCCACACCUUCAACUCGGAAUUUGUCCAGAUAGAAUGUCUCGAGAUUUGCGAAAAGGAACCGAAAUGCAUUGGAUUCAACUACAGAGAGAAGAUGGGUGUUGUGAACUGCCAUCUCACCAACAUCACUGGAAAGAAGGAUUACAACGCAACGACAGAAGGAGAAUGGACACUAAUGCUCGAUAACGAAGCGGCAAAGAAUGAGAAAAAAAUAAGAAAUGAUGAUAUGAAUUCAGCCACCAGCUGCGCCCAUCUGUUUAGCUCAGGAGUGAGACAAGAUGGUGUUUACAGCAUCGAUCCUGAUGGCUUGGGAUCGUUUCAAGUUAGAUGUGAUAUGACCACGGACAGGGGUGGCUGGACCGUGUUUCAAAGAAGACAAGAUGGAAGUCAAGAUUUCUUCCUUGGAUGGUCAGACUAUAAAUCUGGCUUUGGUAAUCUUAACGGCGAGUUCUGGUUGGGCCUUGAUAAAAUACAUCGUUUGUCUAAAUCUGGCCAAAAUGUUCUAAGAAUUGAUUUGAUGGAUUUCAAUGGCGCUGAACGGUACGCUAAAUAUGGAACGUUUAGUGUAGCUGAUGAAUCAGACAAAUACAGAUUAAAUAUUGGCAGCUUUUCAGGUGACGCGAGUGAUUCCCUUGCUUGGCACAAUAAAAUGCAGUUCACUACCAAGGAUAGCGACAAUGAUGUUCCAGUUAGUGAGAAUUGUGCUAUGAGCUGGAAAGGAGCUUGGUGGUACAACAACUGUCAUCAUUCUAACCUCAACGGCCUGUAUCUGAGGGCAGGUCAGAGUAAUGACAACGGAAUAAAAUGGAACAAGUGGCACUCUUAUUCUAUGAAAAAAACAGAGAUGAAAAUUCGUCCAAACUUAUUUUAG